UCUCUCUGUUUCGCUCUGUCUGGAUCUGUCCGUCUCCGUGCUGGUGUUCGGUGGCAGCGUUUCUCUUCACUGCAGGGGCAGCUUCAUUCUCUCCUCCAGGAUGUCGGGCCUUCUGACCAGCUCUCUUCUGCUCUUCCUCUCCCUGAUGCUGUUCCAGACUCCCACACCAGAAGCAAAGCCUCUCUCUGCCAUGCGUGGAGGAGGUGGAGUCCGCCUGCGAAGAGAGCUGCGGGAUUCGGUGCCCUACGAGGCCCAGAUGAUGUCUUACCCCGCAGCUGACUUCAGGAGUCGGAGCAAUGAUCUGUACUACCAGCCAGAGGUCUUGAGAGCUCAAGGCCUUGGACAAGCCCUCCAGCGACUGGUGGAGAACGAUCAGAAGCGGGAACAGGAAGCAGCUUAUCUGGCAUCAAUGCUGCGGCUCCUGAACGAGGCACAGAAUAACGGACAGGGCAAAGCGGAGGAAGAGGAGGAGGAGGGGGGCGAUUUCCAGGGCCCGUACCCUCCAGACUACGAUGAGACCGAGCAAGCCGUGAGCAUGGCCAAGCCCCAGGCUUCGUGGCAGGGUCUUCUGGAUCCUCAGCUUACUCAGGCUCUACUCAACCGCUACAAGCAGGAGAGACUGAUGCAGGCUGGACUCGCUCCGAACACCAACAGGAUUCCUGAGAGAGAGCAGGACAAAGACCAAGAGAUGCUCAGGUACCUUGUUGAGAAGAUCCUCUCCAGCUUGGCUUCGGGUGGUAAUCAGGGAGGCCCUUCAAACCAGCGUGCUAAACGGGAUCUGAGUACUGUGGCUAACAUGGAGCAAUCUGGAGGACAUGUCCUAAAGCGCUCCCGCCGGUCCCUGGACUCCGCCCCUGGCCCCUCCCCCCAGGUCGAGGCAUCACUGCUGAGGGUGAAACGGCUCGACGGUGACGUGGACGACGAGGUCACAGGCCAGAGCAACAGAACACCACACGUCGGCCUGCAGAGAAUGAAGCGCAUAGACACUGACCUGCCACCCCCCAAAAAACACAGCCGCAAGCGCAGAGCCCUGACCUACGACCCCGCUCUGAUCGCACAGCACAUCCUGCAGUACCUGCCAGCCUAAAGAGAAAGUGAGAGGAAUAACAAGGAAAUGUUUGGGGGAACAGAAGGAAAUCUAGACAGAAAGAGGGACUGCAACAUUUCACUUGCUUACAGAUACGCCAGCGUUCAAUGUCAUCUGCCUAAAUCUAAUCAAGGCCUGCUUGCCGAGGUACUCUGAUAUGAUGUUACUGUUUCAAUGUUAUGCUAUAAUAAAUCCCACACACAUAACAGCUUAUGGAAUAUGUUUUUUUUCUUCUUUGUGGCUACAUUAUACAGUAUGGAAGGCUGUUUAUGCCAAAAAAAAUGUACAACAUUGUGAGAUCCUAUCCUUCUCUCAGAUUUAUGAACUCAAAACCCUGCCUUUUCUUUGCUCAGAUUUCAGCUUUUCCAUCUCACGAUUCUGAGUCAGAAUUGCACAAUAUUCUGACCUUCUUGCAAUUACAUUAGUUUUACAAAGAGUUAGUUUUAAUUCAUUUUUAGCUAAAUUUUUUUAACUUAGAGUUGCGAGACAAACUAAACUGUGGGGUUUAAACUCACGAGUUUUUCUCAAUUUCUUCUCUGCUUUCUGAAUUUUUCAGCUUUUGCUUUUUUUCCUCAGAAUAGCUCAGAACGGUCCGAGAUCGUAAGUCUCAGUUACUUUUUUAUUUUUUAUUCCAUGGGGUAAACAGGCUUCCAUAGUACAGGCUUUAAUUACAGACACGGAUAGGAUCGUCAGUUAUUGUCUUGCACAAGUAGUCACGCCAACCGUUUUUACCUAUGAAUAAGAUCUGUUGAAAUGCUGUUGAUAACUCCAACUUGGUCCAUGAUCUGGGUCGUCCAAGAGUGUUUUGUCAUGUGCAUUAGGGAGAGUUUGCCAUUCGCCGACCCAGAAUCCCUCAACAGUUUCUCAACAGAUGAAAGGAGUGUGACUGUGCUUCGACAGAGCUCCAAAUUUAUCAGAGCUUUGCUACAGCUGUCAGUGGGUUUUAUAUCGUGAGCCAAGCAGCAGUAGCUAUAACAGCAGACUCGCUCUGUGCUUUCAGUAUUUCUGCUGUGUAACUGAAUGGCAGCUCUAGAUGGACAAUAAAGCGAUUUCAGAGAUGCUAUAUUGAUUUAUUUUUCUUUAUUAUGUGACAGCCAGAUUAAAUAGUUAUCAGGGGCCUCAUUUAUAAAGCGUGCAUACACACGGAUUCGAUCGUAGAGUGUGCGAUGUCUUAAAACGAGUUUGACGUGGAGAAGUGCUUAGCGUCACGUCAGGGUCCGAGCAGACGUACACACUUUUUAUUGUAUUUUAGCAUUUGGAGGUUUUUGAAAACGUAAGCUGUUCUUGAAGCUCGCUCUUCUAAAUUAUGAUGGUUAGCGAUAUAGGCAACUGAUAAUUACAAACACUGUAUGGUCUAAGUUACUUAAACAACUGUUCAAAAGCUUGGGGUCAGAAAUGUAUAUUUCUAUUUACACAUAUUCAUUCCAACAAGCUUUUAUUCAACGACAGUGCAUUAAAGUGAUUAGAAGUGAGGCAUUUAUCAUGUUAAAAAAGAUACAGUAUGUAUUUCAAAUAAAUUAAUAUUCUGUUCAUCAAAGAAUCCUGAAAAAAUGUAUCAAGGUUUUUACAAAUGAUGUAUACAAAAUAAGUGCCGUUUUAAAUUGUAAUAACACGUAACAAUAUUAAUGUUACUAAUUUACUGUAGUGUUACCAAAUAAAUGCCUUUAGCAAUAGACUUCUAUCAACAUUAAAACAUUCUUACAGCAUCCAACAUUUUGAGCAGGAACAUUUUGAUCCAAAUGGCAAUGAAUAUAAACAGGACAUGCUUAAAUCAUUUAUAUCAGUCUAAUGAAACAGGCCUGAUUUGUUAUAUUUACAGACUGACUUAUUAAUCAGAUCAGCUCAAUGUUUGACAUUGCUAUAUCUACUCCUAUAUCUAUUGCUUAUUGGUUAUAGAUUUUUUUUUUCUUGGAAACAAAUGACUGAGACAAAAAACGAUUGGAAUCUAUUUAUUGCAUAAGAUAUCCGGUACAGGUUUAAACAGCACAACACAUCAGAUCAGCUGCUUUAUACGGCAAGAGGCAGCGCUACAGGAGUUUAGACUCAAAAAGAGCCUGUCUAAAUGUCAAACCUGCUGUAAGUGAGUUUCCUGUCCUCUCUUUCUCUGAAUGGCUAUCUAAAGUGGUGUACCAUCUUCUUAAUGUCAUAUGCAUCCUAUUCGAGCUUGAUGAAGUGUUUUUUGUCCCUUGACUUGGCUUGGAAACAUUCUGUCUGAUACUAAUCACUGUCCCAACUUCUUGCCCUCUGGGUUUGUAAUCUGACUAUUAUGAAUUUGUGAAGGAAAUCGUGGCUCCUAGUAUAUAUAAAUGCUUUUCGAUAUUUGUGCAGUCAUAAAAUCUUGUACAAAAAUACAUAUCUCUGCACUGCAAGUUUUGUCAAACAACAAAAAUCACUGUAAGUGCUAAUAAAGUGUAUGUGAACACCGA